AAUAAUAAUAAUAAUAAUAAUAAUAAUAAUAAUAAUAAUAAUAAUAAUAAUAAUAAUAAUAAUAAUAAUAAUAAUAAUAAUAAUAAUAAUAAUAAUAAUAAUAAUAAUAAUAAUAAUAAUAAUAAUAAUAAUAAUAAUAAUAAUAAUAAUAAUAAUAAUAAUAAUAAUAAUAAUAAUAAUAAUAAUAAUAAUAAUAAUAAUAAUAAUAAUAAUAAUAAUAAUAAUAAUAAUAAUAAUAAUAAUAAUAAUAAUAAUAAUAAUAAUAAUAAUAAUAAUAAUAAUAAUAAUAAUAAUAAUAAUAAUAAUAAUAAUAAUAAUAAUAAUAAUAAUAAUAAUAAUAAUAAUAAUAAUAAUAAUAAUAAUAAUAAUAAUAAUAAUAAUAAUAAUAAUAAUAAUAAUAAUAAUAAUAAUAAUAAUAAUAAUAAUAAUAAUAAUAAUAAUAAUAAUAAUAAUAAUAAUAAUAAUAAUAAUAAUAAUAAUAAUAAUAAUAAUAAUAAUAAUAAUAAUAAUAAUAAUAAUAAUAAUAAUAAUAAUAAUAAUAAUAAUAAUAAUAAUAAUAAUAAUAAUAAUAAUAAUAAUAAUAAUAAUGCUACUGCUGUUUCACGUCAGUCUGAUCACACGCUAUUCAUUGGUAGCAAAUAUAAUGGUGAUCUUUCCAACUGUUUUACACCAUCACAACAUUCGAGUCUGUACGCUUGUUAA